AUGGUGCUGGUGAUGAGGGAUGAUGACGAAGAUGUGGGGUUGCUGGCGGUGACGGUGCAGAGGAGAAAUGGAGAAUACGUGAAGGGGAAAAGGGAUGAGGCUGCUGGAGGCGUGAGGAAGAAAGAAGAAGGCAGCUGGCUUCAGGGCGCCGACCUCGAGUCCUCCAUCCUCCAAACCGUUGGCCACGGCCGUCCCGCCCUCUCCUUCGUAGACUUUGCCAGCAGGUACGAGAAGAGGUACGAGACAGCGCAGGAGAUCAAGUUGAGGUUCGAUAAUUACAGGGAGAAUCUCAAGCUCAUUCGAUCCACCAACCAGAAGGGCUUGCCUUACACUCUCGCUGUUAAUCAGUAUGCUGACUGGAGCUGGGAGGAGUUCAAGACGCACAGACUGGGAGCUUCUCAAGACUGCUCUGCCACCACCAAGGGCAGCCACAAGCUCACCGACGCUGUUCUUCCCAAAACGAAAGACUGGAGAAAAGAGGGCAUUGUAAGCCCAGUUAAAAAUCAAGGCGGCUGUGGAUCUUGCUGGAGUUUCAGCGCAACUGGAGCUCUCGAGGCUGCUUAUCACCAAGCACACGGGAAAGGAAUCUCUCUGUCUGAGCAGCAGCUCGUGGACUGCGCUACGGCUUUCAACAACUUUGGAUGCGGUGGCGGGUUGCCGUCGCAAGCCUUCGAGUACAUCAAGUACAACGGUGGCCUUGAGACCGAGGAAGCUUAUCCUUACACUGCACGAAAUGGUACCUGCAAAUUCUCGGCUGGCAAGGUCGCUGUCAAAGUUGUCGACUCUGUCAACAUCUCUAUGGGUGCUGAGGAUGAACUUAAGCAUGCAGUUGGCCUGGUCCGGCCAGUCAGUGUGGCAUUCCAGGUCACGGAUGGCUUCCAGCUCUACGAGUCGGGUGUGUUCACCAGCGAUGCAUGUGGUAGCACUUCCAUGGAUGUGAACCAUGCUGUUGUUGCUAUCGGUUAUGGAGUUGAGAACGGUGUUCCAUACUGGCUUAUCAAGAAUUCCUGGGGAGAGAGCUGGGGCGACAAAGGAUACUUCAAGAUGGAGAUGGGGAAGAACAUGUGUGGUGUCGCUACUUGUGCAUCAUACCCUGUUGUGGCCUAGAUUGUUUUUAGAGAACCUAUGGACGCAUGCACCAAGUGAUUCGAGACAUAAUUGCUCCACCUCAAGGUUGAGUACUGUAAUGUAGCAUGGAAGGGUCUAUGCUUUAGCAUACAAAAAUAAUCUUCGGACAAUUGUAAUUCCAUAUGGUUACUAUUAUGUCAACGAAGACCUUAUAAAUUCCAAUCUAUGUUUGCAUGGCAUGAAACCCUUUCGUUGCAAGAAUAACACAUUGCUGCAAAGGAAAA